AUGGCGGACGAAUACAGCCACGCUCCCUCGAACACCAAUCAGGUUGAGAUUCUGGCAAUCAACGAAGCCCUCAGGGCCGAAAACCAAAGAAUGGCCGAGCUUCUGCGACAAAUGGAGCACGACCGCAGCAAAGAAGAACACAAAAGUACCGAAAACAAAGACAACAAUGAUGAGCAUACCUCGGAAACUAAACACACCAACCCUAAAGUCACCAAAACGACCACCAAAAAGCGAACCAACCCUUUUCCCAAAGAAGUCAUGAGCUUCGAAAUUCCCCAGAAUUUCACCUUACCAUCAACCCUGAAACCCUACAAUGGAAUAGGAGAUCUGAAUGCCCACAUUACUAAAUUCCAAGCCAUGAUGUUCAUGAAUAAGGAUUCCGACCCAAUUUUAUGCUGUACCUUUCCGACUUUCCUGGAUGGAGCCACCCUAAUUUGGUUCUCCAACCUCCCCGAAGGUUCCAUCUCGAACUUUGACGAGCUAGCCGACCAAUUUGUCAACCACUUUGCCGCAUCCAAAAUAUACAUUCACAACUCGGACUAUCUCAGCACUAUCAAACAAGGACCAAACGAAAGCCUAAAGGACUACAUGACUCGAUUCGCUGAAGCAACAAACGAGAUACCUAACCUAAAUUCUGAAGUCCACCUCCAUGCCUUGAAAAGCGGUCUCCGACCAGAGAAAUUCCAAGAAUCCAUCGUUAUUGCAAAACCAAAAACUCUAGCCGAGUUCCACGAGAAAGCAAUGACACAGAUCGAGGUCGAAGAAUUCCGAGCACUGCGGAGAGCGGAUAAGCCUACCUUGAACAGAGAGGAAGAAAGGAGAAAUAGGGCCGGCACAUACCAGGACCAACGACACGUGGACAAGUCAAAGUACUACGUUUUCCACCAAAAGUAUGGUCAUACUACAGACGAUUGUGUAAUAGCCAAAGACGUCCUCGAGAAGCUCGCCCGUGGCGGAUGUACAAAUUUGGCGAGGAAACGAUCAUACCGAGCUAUGAUGAUGAUGAUAGACUCAACUCUUCCCAAAUACACAAACAAGGACAAGCCAGAGAUCUCAUUUGUCCCUAGAGACUAUAAAGCGAACGAUCGAAACCUGGACGAUCCAGUUGUCAUCACGGCAUAG